CUUUGAGAGUCGCAGGAGAGAUGACAUCUUUGAGAAUUUUGCAGGAGCAUUACGUUGAUAAGCUGCACCAUAAUAUGAUCAUCUUCUUCCUCGUGUUUUUUUACGGCGGCUUAGGCGCCGCUGCAGAUCCUUAUCACAUUUCGAUCGACGGAGUUGCACACAGCGGCAGACACUGGCUCCGAGAAGGCUCAUCAACCGUCUCAACUGCCAAGGGAGGCCUCAUCACAGCUCGAGUUUCUGCCUCUCGGUUUUCCUAUUCAUUGAAGCUGAGUCCGGGUCAGAAAAUCAUGCGCUUCCACUUCCAACCAUCGUCCUACAUUGGUUUUGAAAGCUCCAACGACUUCUUCUCAGUCGAAGCUGGUAAUUCGUCGUUACUAGCUGAUUUCAGUGCUUCCGUAACUGCUCAUGCUCUUGCUGUCAACGUUAUUGUUAAACAAUUCUGUGUAACUGUGGAAGAAAAUGAGACUCUUAACCUAGAUUUCUCCCCUGCAUUGGGAAAUAGCUAUGCUUUUGUCAAUGGGAUUGAUAUUAUCUCAAUACCUUCCAUCACUUCUCCUUACUGUGAUAGUCGGGUUGCUCCAAACCCUAUCAUCCAUGUUGACAGCAGCACCGCGCUUGAAAGGGUUCAUUAUCAGCACGUUAAAUGGGGGCCUGUUUCGUCCGGGGAUGAUAUCGCUUCCAUGUUCGGGGUGUGGGCCGAACAACCAAGUGUUGGAGAAGACGCAGAAAUGGCUACUAAUAAGACAUGGAUAGCGUAUGUUGAUGUUGGAUUCGAUUAUAUGGUGAGGCUUCACUUUUGCGAGAUUGGACUCCACAUGGAUUUCGUGCUUCUCGUUAAUGGCAGGGUAGCCUUAACCAGUGCUGAUAUCCUCCAACAGAGGAGGGGAAAUAGAGAAUUCUUUUGGUAUAACAACUAUGUGGUGAUGGAUGAAGAGCUCAAGCAAGGUGAUAUCUCUGUUUCUCUGCACUCUCGCCAUGAAUUCAUGGAUCGACGCGGCCCACUUGAAGGAUUUGAAGUAUUUAAGAUUAGCAGCCAUCAUUCACCAUCAUGGACUCUGCUACGCCCUCUGCGGUUUUUCUCAUACAUCACCAUCAUAUUACAUAUAUGUUGCAUAGUAUUCAUAUUCUAUCUGGAGGACAAAAUGUCUCGAUGUGAGUUUACCAAUGAGGAUAACAAACCAUCGUCACUCAGUCAUCGCUUUUCACUAGCUGGGAUUCUAAGAAUUUGUGAAUAUGAUGGAGUCGGCAAAGGGUUCAUGGAUUGUGGCAGAGAGAUUGUAGGCAUAAACCCAUUCGGGAUUGAUUCCAAGCAAAGGGAGAACAAGUUCUGGACAGUGAUUGAGCCAAAACAGAUGAUACUUGUUGAUAAGUACACUCCCAACGGGAAAUUGCCUGACCACCUCGACAAACUAGAAAGGAAAAGGAAACAAUCCCAGAUCUGCAUUGAAGUCAGUCGGGCACUAAAAUGCCUUCACACUGGCCCCAUGAUCAUACAUAAAGAUCUGAAGCCUGGAAAUGUUCUGCUUGACAACAAGUUUGAGGCUAGACUUUCAGAUUUUGACUUGGCCAAAACUUUGAGUUUUAACGAGUCACAGAGCCAAGAUAGCACAAAGCUUAUAGGAACAUGUGGAUAUACUGGCCCGGGCUUUAUCACUAGUGGUGAACUAACGAAAAAAAGUAACAUCUUUUCUUCUGGGGCGCUAAUGAUGAAAGUAAUGUUUGGAAGAGCUGCUAGGGAGCCACUGAGAGAAGAAGAUAAGUGUAUUCUAACUACAUUGGCUGAGAGGACUAAAGUUGAAGAUGACGAUUAUGAUAAAUCUCAGCAAGAGAACAUGAAUCUUAUUGUACCUAAUGAGAAAAUAGGUAUUGACAAUCACGUGAGAUGGAUAUCAAUACCACGAUUGUGGCUUCGCCCGGUAUAUACCAGAGAUACUUUUUAUCUGCCCACAGAACGUUUAAGUACAGUUUACAAGAGCCUUUACAAUAAGAAAUCCGCUGUAAGUGCACAGGUUAAACUGAGACUGCUCGCGACCGGCUUACAGGAGUGGCAGAUGCCUCAGGUGCAGGUGCCUUGGGUGCUGGGAGAAGGAGGUUUUGGCAGGGUUUACAAGAGGUUUAUGAAUUCUGAAAGUGACCAAGGCUUUCGAGAGUGGGAGGUACCAACGGCCAAAUCGGUAGUGAUCAUUGCCUCCUUGACCGGCUCACAGAAGUGCCAGAUGCCUCCGGGGGUCCGGUUCCACCCCAGUGAUGAGGAGCUGAUGAUAUAUUACCUCUCGAAGAAGCUGAAGUGGGUCUCCGCCCCUUUGGACAUUGAUCACUAUGAUUAUUACCCGUGGAAUCUGUCAAAAAGGUCUUUCUCCGGAGAGAAUGAAUGGUUCAACUUCAGCAGGUGGGAUGGGAAAAGAGCAUGGGGAGCCACCUCCCGGCAUCAGAAGGCGACUAGGAUGCUCAUGCCAGUGAUUUUAUCAGGGGCAGGAAAGUAUACUCUGAUGCGUGAGUACAUUCUGGAAGAAAAAUCAGCUAUCUACAGAUAUUUCAAGGCCAAUAAAAUAUUGCUGGAUGAAUUAUACAGAGCCAAACUAUCUGCACUCACAACAUUAUGGCAGCUUGAACUGGGAGUGCUCAUGGGCUCACAGAAGCGGCAGAUGUGUCUGAAGAUCCGGCUCCACCCCACUAAUGAAGAAGAUUAUGGCCACUACUAUAAACCAUGGGAUCUCCCAAAAUGGUCGUUCUUCGAGGAGCAGGAAUGGUUCUACUUCAGCCCAAGGGAUAGGAAGAGAACACAGGGAGCCACCUCCGGGCAUCAGAAGGCGACCGGGAUGCACAGUCCAGUGGUGCCAAUAGGGAUAACAGAGUGGGCGAUGAUGCUCAUGGGCUCACAGAAGCGGCAGAUGCGUCUGAAGAUCCGGCUCCACCCCACUAAUGAAGAAGAUUAUGGCCACUACUAUAAACCAUGGGAUCUCCCAAAAUGGUCAUUCUUCGGGGAGCAGGAAUGGUUCUACUUCAGCCCAAGGGAUAGGAAGAGAACACAGGGAGCCACCUCCGGGCAUCAGAAGGCGACCGGGAUGCACAGUCCAGUGGUGCCAAUAGGGAUAACAGAGUGGGCGAUGAUGCUCGAGCACAUGCUGGAAGACGACACCAAUUGUCCUUAUCGACAAUACAAUGACUGGCUGAAGCACAUGAUUAUGAUUGAAUAUCCUCCUAGUGCAUUGCCUCUGCAGAAACUGACUUUCAAGCCACACUGGAAAUAAGAUCAUCGACAGUAUACUCUUCCUUAUUAAUCUCUAUACUCUAUUGAUACCAUUGUAAAAUAGUGAAUAAAGUGAAAAAUAAUGAGUAUAGAGUUAGUUGAAGCAUAAACUGAACCACUUGUGCUGAAAGUGUGUAUGUCUGUUACCAUACUUUGAUACAAGAAACACUAUUGCAUCAUAUCUUUUCUUUCUAUGGAGUUUAAGUUUUUAUUUG